ACUGUGCGCACGCGCAAUUCUGUUUCUUCGUCUGGACCUUCCCAAGUCCUCGUCCCGUCGCCAUGUUGGUCACGUGAGCGAAACCGCCGCCUCGACCGUACGCUAGCAACCGUUGCCAAGGGGUUUGGCAAGUGGCUUCGCCCCGGUCGGAAACCGCGCCAGUUGAUCUGGGCGUUUUGAGGAGGAACGAGAGAUUGUCCAGCCAACCAUCAUGAGCGACCAACUGAAAUUCAUCGUGGAGAAGCUCAACAAAGAGCCCUUCAAGAGAAACUUCAAUUUAAUCACGUUUGACUCACUGGAAUCAACACAACUCUUACAACUGCUCAAUGACAUCCUUGGAGAAAUUGACCCCAAACACGCUGUUGACAUUAGAGAAGAGUUGCCAGAACAGACAGCUAAACGGAUGUUGAGCCUUCUUGGCAUUCUUAAAUAUAAACCUCCAGGAGGUACCAGUGACUUGAGUACAUUUCGCCAAGGGUUGGUUAUUGGAAGUAAACCUGUCAUCCAUCCUGUGUUGCAUUGGCUCCUCCAACGGACAAAUGAGCUCAAGAAAAGGGCCUACCUUGCUCGCUUCCUCAUCAGAGUGGAUGUGCCAGCUGACUUCCUUCAAGACGACACUGUUGCCGACACCAAUAGACAGUAUGAAGAGCUGAUGGAGGUAUUCAAAAACCUACAUAAAGAAUGUGAACAGCUCAAGACCUCUGGUUUUUCUACGGCAGAAAUACGGAGGGAUAUCACUGCUAUGGAAGAAGAGAAGGAUCAACUGAUGAAGAGAGUGGAGCGUCUCAAGAAGCGGGUGGAGACAGUUCAGAAUCACCAGCGAAUGCUGGAAACAGCAAGACAACUUCGGGUAGAGAAGGAGAGAGAAGAAUCUCUUGCCCAACAGAAACAAGAACAGAAAAAUCAGCUUUUUCAUGCAGAGCAGAAGCUGCAAAGAAUCCAACUCCAGCUCAAGGAUAUGCGUCAUGCAGCAGUGGAUUCAAAGCCAGAAAGCUUAAUGAAGAGACUAGAAGAAGAGACAAAAUUCAAUACAUACUUAGUUUCUGAAAAAAUUCCAAGAGAACUGGAAGCAAAGAAGCAGUCACUAUACCUCUUGCAAAAAGUGGUUGCCGAGCCAGCGAUGGGCCAGUCUGAUCUCGGUGAACUUGAAACCAAGAUAAAUGAGAUCAAUGUACAAAUCAACCAGUUAAUUGAAAAAAGGAUGAUGAAAUAUGAACCAAUUGAUAGUAAAUUUUCAAUGUACCGUCAACAGGCUUCCAUCAUUUCCCGGAAGAAAACUGCUAAGGCAGAAGAACUUCAGGCUGCCAAGGAAGAUCUGUCCAACCUAGAGAAGCAAAUGUUGCAAAAGUCAAGCCAAGCCCGUGACCUGAAUGGUACAGAAGUCUUAAAGGGUGAUGAGUUUAAGCGCUAUGUUAAUAAGUUGCGGAGCAAAAAUACACUUUUCAAAAAGAAGCGCCUGGAAAUAGCAGAAAUUACAGCGGAGUUUGGCAUCCUGCAGAGAACAGAAGAGCUCCUAAAACAGCGCCAUGAAGAUAUUCAGCAGCAGUUGCAAGCAAUUGAAGACAAGAAAGGUAUCUCUGGAUACAGCUAUACACAGGAGGAGCUGGAGAGAGUAUCCGCAGUAAAAAGCGAAAUGGAUGAAGUGAAAGGUCGAACUCUGGACAACAUGUCUGAAAUGGUGAAAAAGUUAAAUGCGAUGGUGGCUGAUAAGAAGUCAAGCCUCGCUCCAAUCAUCAAAGAUUUGCGGCAUUUGCGUCAGAAGUGCCAGGAAAUAACACAAGAAUGUGGGGAGAAAAAAACCCAAUACGACAGCUGUGCAGCAGGCCUGGAGACCAACCGUUCCACACUGGAGCAGGAGGUGAAGAGCCUUCAGGAAGAGUGUCUGCAGGAAGAAAGUCGCUAUCGUCAGAUUAACUCCAUGAAACAGAUUCUAGAUGUCUAUCUCCAGCGGGCAAAAGAGGAGAUGAAAAUAUAUGUCUCUUCAGAUCAGCAGGAGAAAAGAAAGGCAACCAGGGAACAGUAUUCUCGAAUGAUCACAGAACAAGAGAAUCUCGGGAAGAAACUUCGAGAGAAGCAAAAAGGUGUCCGGGAGAGUCAUGGCCCAAAUCUGAAGCAAGUGAAAAUGUGGCGAGAUUUCCAGUCAUUGAUGGAGUGCAAGAAGGAGUGUUUUCUAAAGCAACAAGACCAAGCAGGCAUUGGCCAAGUCAUUCAGGAAGGUGGAGAGGACCGGCUGGUCCUGUGACAUCAGGCCGCAGCAUUUUUGAACAGGAGGUAUUCCUUCAGGAAUUCUGUGCUACAAUCCUUUCUACACAAUUUGUGAUUGCUGGGUGACUUGUACAGAAUGAUGUUGAUUUUCAAAUUUGACUUUGGAUCUUUUGCGUCGCUUUCCUUCUAAAGGUGCUCCAGAUGGAAAGUUCUUUCUGUCUUGAUUUUCAAAGUUGACCUCAGAUAUUUUGCGUCAUUCUCCUUCUAAAGGUGCUCCAGAUGGAAAGUUCUUUCUGUCACUAAACGGCCAGAUUGAUAAGAUUAAGCAUUAUGGAAGGCCUUGGAUCAAAUUACUGCCUUGAAAUGGCUCAAGUGCAUCAACUAAAUCCCAUCUGGUACAUUGAGAGCUACCUGUUUCCACAAAGAUGCUGGGGAAAACAUUACCUUGUCCCUGGGCUGUAAAAGGUUAGUUUUAAUUCUGCAUUUUGUUACAGGAAAUAAACCAGGAGGUUACACAGAACUGUGGCCUCUAAAGUUUGGGAUGGACUUCGAUGGACUCCAGCCAGUUUUUGAUAAUUUCCCAACAAAGUGAGUUGUGAACUCUAGUGAAGUUUCCCAGAACACUGCCAUGCAGAGAAAUGUGACAUUAGGGGGCAUCCCUUUGUGAUCACCAACUCCAGAUCUUAGGCAUACCAUGGCAGUUUUACAGAAUUCUGAUAUGGAAUUCUUCCAAAGAUGCUGUUGGUAAGCACACAAGGCUUACUCCGGUAUGAAAGCUUGACCAAAAUGUCCUCUAUGGAAAGUUGCAAUCAUUUGGUUUUUUAGUACCUUUUGUACUUUUCUAGGGACCAACGGUCUACCUAGUUAUCUCAAGAUAACAAAAUAGGACAUGCUUUUUCUGGAGAUAUACAUGUGUCAAUGUUCUUCUAUCAAAAUGUUGGCACAGAUGCUGCAAAAUUCCCCUUGGUUUCUUUUGCCUUUGACCUGUAGUAAAGUCACUUCCAAAAAUGAUCUUUGCCCCAAAGUGAAAUGUUUUAACCAUGUUUAGCUUUGUUGUAACAAGGAUAAUUUAGCCUUUUAUGCUGUGUUUUGCUCUCUGUAUGAUCUUUUUCCAGAGUUGACGCUCAAAUUGAAUGCUUUUCAUUAAUGUAGUUACAAAAACAAUAAACAUCUAACAUUCCCAA